GUGUACAUGGGAUCGGUGGAAGUGGGGACAGGCACCAGACGAGACAUCAGACGGAUCAUCGUCCACCCCGAAUACGCAUUGAACACCCCAGAAGACUAUGAUGUUGCAGUCCUGGAACUGUCCAGCCCACUCAGCCUCUCCAGUGUCAUCUACCCGAUCUGCCUCCCGUCCAGUGAACAAGUGUUCCCCAGCGGCCAGCAGUGCUACAUCACAGGAUGGGGCACUCUCGCUUUCCAAGGAUCCUUUCCCAACAUCCUACAAGAAGCAGAAGUGUCGGUUAUUGAUGACCAAACGUGCAGGAAUAUCUACGGAUCCGAUAUCACUCCGAGAAUGCUGUGUGCUGGUGUAUUAACGGGAGGAGUAGAUUCAUGUCAGGGGGAUUCUGGAGGACCCUUGGCCUGCAGUGACUCGAGAGGAACCUGGUUCCUGGCGGGAAUCGUCAGCUUUGGCAUCGGAUGUGCUUGGCCCAACUUCCCUGCCGUCUACACGCGUGUGACAGCCGUGAGAGACUGGGUGGAACAACAGACAGGGGUGUGAUCCAGCCAGCACA